AUGUGCAGCUACUGGGAAAUCUGCACCUACAACUGCGGGCACGAAGAAGUCGCCCCCAACCCCAUCGAAAGCAGUUUCUGCCUCUUCCGGACCCCAGGGAUCUGCACACGCGAGCUGGGCCGUUUCCGCAUUCUCGAAACACACGUCAACAACUGGUGUCCACAAUGCAACGCAAUAUCCGCGUUCAACAAGCACAAGCAGCCAGCGCGGGGCACAUAUAUCGCGACCCCCUGCGCACAGCCCGACGAGCUCUCACGCCAGCGCGCGGUCCGGAGUAAGCUCGUCGGCACGCAGUUCAUGCCGGGGCGAGUACCUACGCAGAUGCGGCUAAGACAGCUAAACGCCAUAGCGAACCGGGCGCUGCAGAGCCAGAUGAAGCGGGGGGACUCGUUUGCCGCUCCGGUGUUGGCUUGGGUGUUGCGGUAUAUCGCGUCGCUGCCGCCGUGGAUGGACCGGCCGGGGCUGGCGAGGGAGUUAAGGCCGUGGCUUGCGCCGUUGCUGGAUGAGGAGCAUCAGACGUGUGUGCGGCCGGCGCUGAGGACGAUGGAGUGCGAGGAUUACCUGGAUGAUGUUAUGGUUUGGACACGGAGCUUCUAG